UUCAUUAAACUAUGUAAGCUUUGAUGUCGGGCUCUUUCUUAGUCACCCAAGCGUGGAAAGCCCAUCCAAAGGGACGAGCGAAAGGAAAACACGCUCGAGCCAGCACAACAAUCACUAAGGCCGAGCAGAGCAGAGCCGCCCCGCGUCUCGGCCGAUCGAUGGUAUCGGGGAUAUGGAGGAGCCAGGGCGCGACCCGGCCGGAGCUCGGGGAGCCCGCGCCAUGGCCUCGCCCGACGCCGUGAGCUUCUACUGCCACACCUGCAGAGCCCGGUUGGAGCUCCCCGCCCCGUCCUCCCCCUUCCACUUCACCCUCUGCCCACGUUGCCGCCGGGACUACCUCGACGACUCCCCCGAUCCCCACCACGCGCCGCAGCCGGUGUUGCCGCCGCCUCCACCGCCCCUGUGCGCCGUGCCUUGGCCGCCUGCCCCGUCCACCUCUUCCACGCCACCGCCGGUCCCGUGCGUCUCGUCGCCGUCGUCUUCCUUCACGACGGCGCGGCCGCGGACUCUGGUGUCCCCGCGCACAGGACCCUCGUCUUCCUCCACAGGACCACCGCCUGCGACGUCGAGCGGCAGCGCCGCCUCGCCGACCGCUCCCGUGUCGUCCUGCUGCCCCGAGCGCUCAGCGGCAUGUCGGGAAUUCCGGCUCCUUUGCUCCCACGAGGAGCAGCGCCGGUCCUCGCCCGCCGUCUCUCCCCUGUCGUCCCCAUACUCCACCGCCUGCUCCUCCCCUCUGCUGGCGUCGCCGCCCCCGCCGCCGUUCCACCACGGCGAGCUACUAUCCGAGUCGUUUCCUUUGACCUUGCGCUCCUCCACCGGCGAGGAGGCCAUGUCACCGCCUCAUGAUCUGCUUCCUCCUCCGCCCCCGCCGCUGUUCCACCGUGGCGAGCUGCUAUCCGAGUCGUUUCCUUUGACCUUGCGCUCCUCCACCGCCGAGGAGACCACGUCGCCGCCUCAUGAUCUGCUUCCUCCCCCGCCCCCGCCUUGGCUGCCGCUGGCGCCUGCUGGUACAUGGGAUGAAUUCCUCUUCAAUCCCUCCGACUCCGAUGAUGACAGCCCGCCACAGCCUCCGCCGCCGCCGGAUGUCUCUCCCUACCACGCCAUGUUCGACAUGCCGCUCCAAGUCCAACGCGGUGGGUCACAAGCGGCGGCGGCGUCUAUCGCCGCCAACGACAGCGUGUUUGAGUUCGACGCGCCGCUCCAACGCGGCGGGUCACAGGCGGCGCCGCCGGAGUCCAUCGCCGCCCUGCCCACCGUCACCGUCACGGACGCCGGGCUGGACUGCGUCGUCUGCACCGACCCCCUCCCGCCUUCGGCGCCCGUGCGCCGGCUCCCCUGCGGCCACCUGUACCACUCCCACUGCAUCGUGAGGUGGCUGUCCGAGCAGAACUCUUGCCCAAUCUGCCGCCGCAGUAUCCCGACGAUCGCCUCCGAUACAAGCGAUGUCGCGUCGUCGUCGUCGUCGUCGCAGUCCCCCGGCGGGAGGCGAAGGCGAUCUCUGCCGGUGCCAGGGGGGCGCCGGAUCAGAAGGAUCUGCAGCCGGCUGCUUAGGAACAUGGAAAUCGGCCGCGAUCGUCAGACGAGCAGCAGCCGCGACCGCCAGACAAACAGCGGCGGCGGCGAUGUGCAUGUCUGAUGGCUGCCAUUGUCUGUCCUGCUGCACUCGUACGAUCGUCGGUGCCACUCCCAGCUCGUUGCACCGAGAUCAUAGCUCGGCCAUGUAAUAUUAUAAUUACAGAACAUGAUUAUCGAGUGUUGAUAAGUAAGUAUGUUGCCUGUAGUUACAAACUUACAAUGGGAGUUUCACACAAUCCAAAGUUGCAUUACGAAAUCAUUA